AUGCAGAGCCAGCUCUUGUGCCACGGUGAGGAGAUGAGGAAUGGUGAGGGCAUGCGCAAAAGACUGAAGAUUUCGGUGGCGCAUUUUGAUAACUCCGCCUUGAUCAAAACCUACUCCAAGACUUUGAUCGGGAGAUGUAUGAAUCCGGAGGAGCAGGAAACGAAGGCGUUGUUCUCAAAUCUUCCAAAGAUUUGGAAAUUGGAGGAGAGGGUUACGGGAACCGAUUUGGGCUUUGGCAAAUUCCAGUUUGACUUCCAGACGGAGGAGGAACUUGAAGCGGUCUUGAUGCAGCAGCCUUACCAUUUCGACUAUUGGAUGCUGGCUUUGGCAAGGUGGCAACCUAAACAGUCAAACUCUUUCCCCUCCGAGAUCAUGUUUUGGAUAAGAGUCAUUGGAGUCCCGCUUGAGUUUAGGAUGGUCCCGACAUUUGAGAGCAAUGUGGGAGCCUUGGAGAGAGUGGUUGUGGUUGAUGUGAAGUAUAAUAGAGUUCAAGUAGUGCUUGACGCGUUCAAGGAGCUGUGUCUUGAUCUUUGUCACAAGGAGGAGCUAUGCCCUUUAGACGACAAUAAUUUAAAGUCGAGCCCAGAGAGAAGAAGGGAGCUUAGAGAAGGCAAUGGAGCGUGGACAGAUGGUACGAAACAUGAGGAUCGAGCUCGUAGUUAUAAGGGUGUGGUCAUCAACGGGCAACCAGGUCAACAGAACAAAGAAAGAGACAGCCGGGAAAACUAUGGGAAAGGAAAGGGUAAGGCGGUUGAUGUAGUAGAUUCUAAGUGGGUCAAGGUAGCUGAGAAGGGAUCUAGGAAGCCUUCUACCUACUAUGGCAGUUAUAGAGGAGAUGGUGAGGGCUUUCGGUACAGAAACACGCGGAGGGAUGAGGAGAGAAGUGGAGGCACACGUGGGGGAGUUGGUGAACAAGAGAUACGUACCAGACCUUCUUCGAAUCAACCAAGAGAGUUUCAUUAUCAGAGGACUCCAGCUUCUGCAGUUAGGGAGGAAGGGGAGAUCAAGGGCACUGGAGAUGAUGCAGCAACUGAUGAGUUUCAACUUGAACUAGCUAAGACGCAGGCGGAAGGAUCAGAGGCGAUAAUUGACACUACUGAGGAGGAGAUGGGUUUACUCAAGCUCAAGGGAGUGAUGGAGCAACAUGAGGACAUAGCAGCUGACAUUGAUAUGGAAAUAGAGGCUAUUCAUGCUUCCAUAUUGGAGAAUGGUGGGGAUGUGGAGGUAGAGGAAGAGUUUCAGACUCUCUCGGAGGAGGAAGCUGAGCAAGUGGCUGAGGUUGAUGGGGAAGAGGAAUUGGUGAGUGGUGAGGUUGAUAGCAACAAUGAAACGGUAGCAGAUGACAUGGCGAUGAGACAUAGUAACCGCAGGAGGCUGCUCAAACCCAGCACUGCGGGUAGCAACAAGAUGAGGAUGGCAAGCUCGCUUCUCUCUCCACGCAAACGUGCUGCAGCUAAGGUGGGAACUCGUCAGGGUGAUGGUGGUAAGCUGUCGGAAAGAAAGGGGCCUUCAAACCCGAAGUCAACGAACCUCAAGUUUUAA